GACCGCAGAUAUUAGCAGUGCUGCGUAUGGAAGAAGCCGCCUGUUGGUGCUGUUUUGGGGCAUGUGGCUCAGAGGAUUGGUGGGGCCGUCUUCCUCUCUGACCCGUCGAUUAAAAAAAACCGACCGAGCGGCACAAGGGCCGGGGAUGCACAGAGGAAACACGGCUUUAAAGGCAAAAAACAGGAAUGCUGAUGCUGCGAAACAUGGAGUUUUGCCUCCUUUGCGCAAUAAACCGAGUUUACGCUGAUGUGGCUGGUCAGUGAGUUUUUAAAAAGCAAACGAUUUGGCUUCUACUUUAUUUUUAUUUAACCGUUGAUACACAUCUGCAAUGAUGUGGGCUGUGAAUUGGAGACAAGCUGCUGCAAUUUUAGUCUGCCUUUUGGGAUACCUUGUCAACAGAGCUGUCGCCAAAACGUUACCGGAGGACACAGUCACACAAGAGGUGACUCUGAAGGUUCACCUGAGCGAUGCCAGCACUCACCAGCCCUUGGGAGGAGCCACCAUACAGCUCUUCGCCAACCAGACUUCUGUAACCACGGAAACCUCAUCACCUGAUGGCAACACCUACUUGCGCUUCCCCUACCGCCUUGGGACACCGUUGGUCGUCACCGCAUCCAAACAGGGAUAUGUGCCAAACUCUGUGCCCUGGAGUCCCUCCAGAUUACCUGUAUUUUCCUCGAUCAGCCUGGACCUGCUACCAGAAAGAGCUGCUACUCUGAUGGUGUAUGAAGAUGUUGUGGAGAUUGUUUCAGGCUUACAAGGUUUCAGGCAUCAGCCCAGUGUUUAUUUCCAGCGUAGAGCUCUGAGUCUUCCCUCCAACACAUCCUACGCCAACCUUACAGCUCUGCUCACCGUGGCCAGUUCCCCCUCGCAUAUCCAGCACUUUCCCCACCUGCAGGUCCUCAGCGGCAACGGCACAGGGACAGAGAAGGGAUUUGAGUUGACUCCUGUAGUGGCCAUCUCUGUUCACUUAUUGGCCAGCGACGGAGUGGAGCUGCAGGUGACUGGGCCAAUCACGGUCUCCAUCCCCCUGCCGGCUGACAGUGGCCUGAAGGAAAAUGAUCACAUCCCUGCUUGGAGAUUUGACCCACACUUGGGUUCCUGGAUAAAGAGCAGUUGGGGUCACGUGCAGCGGGAGGGCAACCAGCUCACUUUGACCUACAUCGCUCCCCAGCUGGGAUAUUGGGUGGCCGCCAUGUCCCCACUACACUCAGGUCCAGUGUUUGCGAAGGACUUCAGCACAUACCACACUGUGUUCCUGUUGGCUAUACUGGGAGGCAUGGCUCUCAUCCUGCUCUGCCUACUCUGCCUCUUGUUGUACUACUGCAGACGUCGUUGUUUGAAGCCUCGAGUGUCUCACCGCAAGCUCACACUGUCCUCUGGUCUGGACGGCAGUAAGAGGGACCAAGCCACCUCCAUGUCCCAUCUGAACCUCAUCAGCAAUGAGGUGCAGCUGGAACUUGUUUCCACAGCGACUGAGCCCGACAUGACCACGCCAAUGUUGAAGCCUUCUUCAUAUGAGCUCCAAGACAAUCAUCGUCAACACAGCCUAAUCCAUCACAGCAAACACAGCCGCUCCUCGCUCGGCAACAACAGCCACCACGGCUCAUCUCUCGGCAAUCUGACGCCUCGCAGCAGAGACUACCGGCAGUCUGUGGAGACGUUCCAAUUAAAGGCUGCCCUUUCAGGCGGAACAGACAGAGGCUACCGUCAAUCAUAUACCUCCGUCUGCUCAUCCAGCAACCCGAUUUCAGAUGCACUGUCAUCAACCAAUCACGGAAAGGUGUUGGCUAAUCAGAUGAGCAGUGUCAGCAUUGUUGAUUGCAUCUCCCCUUCCUCUCCUCCUCACUCCCCCAGUAGAGGGGAGGGAUGUGAGUGCAGAGCUCCUGACUACCUUCUGUCCCGCUCUGUGGACCACCUGGAGCGUCCCAGCCCCCCCUUGCUCUCCCGGCCGGGCCAGCUGCUCUGCUGCGGCUCUGUGGACCUGCUGAGUGGAGGAGAAGGCUACCCGAGAGUGCGUCCUACACUGGUGAUCCCAGCGCACUACAUGCGUCUGCCUGGGGAGCACCCUCUGUCUGGUCAGGCCCUCCUGCUGCAGACUGACCAGCAGAGUGACUUGGAGACCAUCCAGGCUGAGCUCAAUGCCUCACAUUCCCAGCAGCCCCUUGGGCAAACCCCCACUGACUGCACCCCACGUCCAACCAAGCAGGGGGACGGAGAAAGGCAUGGCCUGUCAGAGUCUCUGUCUAUCCCAGCAGCGCUUGGGGAAACGGGUCUAGUGGAAAUAAACAGUGAGGACACCUUGUUGGCUGAAAAGACUUUAAUGGAGCUCAGAGGAGGGAAGCCUCUGCCUCACCCACGAGCCUGGUUUGUCUCACUUGAUGGACGCUCCAACGCUCAUAUUCGCCACUCCUACAUUGAUCUCCAGCGGGCAGGGUGCCACAGCAACGCGCCAGGUGGAGGAGGUCAGCAAGGAAAUGUCAACGGUGGGAGGCGUGGCAACGAUGCCAGUCUGGACUCUGGUGUGGACCUGAACGAACUGAGAGUGGGUCGCAGGGGGAGAGACGGAGGACGGGAGGAAAGAGAUAUUGAGAAAAACAGGGCAAAGGGGACCGCACCAGCCAUGGCCUACACUCAGCUGGUGUAUGUGGAUGAUCUGGACGGGGGAGGCAGCGAGGAGGAGAUGCCCAAAUGCAGCCCACAGGACAGUAAAACAGGACCCAUCUUGUCAGACAAAGCUGAGGGUCAGAGAGGGGAUCAGGGACAGGGGGAUGUGGAGGAGAAAAGAGUAGAGGAAGUACAAAUACAAGAAGAACCACCCUCACUUUCCUCUUCAUCCCCUGCUUCUCCUCCUCCCCUGCCAACACCAGAGGAAGAGACGUUCAGGACUGAUCAUGCACUUCUGUCAGUCUCUCCGGAUGACGAUGCAGCACACGAGGAUGGAGAGGAGGAGGAGGAGGAAAAGAAGAGUCCUUGGCAGAAGAGAGAGGAGCGACCCCUGCUGGCUUUGAACCUGAAAUGAUCCACAGAGGACCACUUAAAGGAUAGGUUCACAUCUUUCCUUAAUAGAAUACUCACAUGCCCAUAUGUAUAUUGAAAGCGUUUUUGGUUGCUGUAAUUGUUCCUCCUGUAUAUACUGGACCUUCUUAAAGCGAUUUCAAUUUGAGUUAUGGGGGACAAAAUCCACAGUCCUCGUUGAAUGCUAAAAUUUAGGCUUGGAGCCUGAGAAUCCUCAGGUUUUAAGUUUUUUUCAGUAUUGAAGUAAUCCAGUGAUAAUUGUCUGUACAUGCAUGGAUACACUGCAAAUGUUCAGAAUGAGAACCCUGUCUCUUACAUUAAAAUCACUUUAGGAAGGGAUAUUGUUGCUGUUAGUGUAGACAGCAGGAACAAGUAACUGUUCAGUUGUACGAAUGGGAACAUCAGUUUUGUUUCGACAUAGACUUGAAAAAAUUUGAACUUAUCCUUUUAAUCAUGAC